AUGACCCUGAAUGACAUCAAAGCCUUCGUCGAAGCUGAGAUUGGGGUUCCUCCAUCUGCCCAAAUAUUCUUAAGAGAUGGGAUGGCAGUCACAAACACUUCCAUGACGCUUGCACAGUUUAACGUCCAGGAAGGUGGUAUAAUACCGAUGGCAAUCCAGGCCAAUCCUCCAAGACGACGAACCGCUCAAGGUACAUCCAGUGGCCAACCCUCAACGGAGAGGGCUAGAAACUUCAACCACUCUGAGCCAUUGCGAUCCCGGAUAUUAGGAGACCCUGCCAUCAUGGCCGAUUUUCGGAGACAAGAUCCCGAACUUGCGGCUGCGGCUCAGGAUCAAGAGAGAUUCCACGAUCUACUACAAGAGAGGCUGAGGCAAAACGAGCAGAUGCAGAGAGAGAAAGAAGAGCAGAUUGCGCUUCUAGAGGCGGAUCCUUUCAAUGUUGAUGCACAACAGAAAAUUGAAGAAAUGAUACGGCAAGAACGUGUCGCAGAAAACCUACAGAAGGCAAUGGAAGAGUUUCCGGAAGCAUUCGGCAAGGUCACCAUGCUCUAUAUCGAUGUCAUCGUCAACGGCCAUCCCAUCAAAGCUUUCGUGGACUCAGGAGCACAAACGACCAUCAUGUCCCCGUCAGCUGCCGAACGGUGUGGCAUCCUCCGGCUGGUCGACAAACGAUUUGGGGGUAUUGCAAAAGGUGUAGGUACCGCCCAAAUAUUGGGUCGAGUUCAUUCGGCCGAAAUCGAAAUUGGACAGUACAACCUCGCCAGCAGCUUCACAGUCAUGGAAGGCAAAGAUGUAGACCUGCUACUAGGGCUUGACAUGCUCAAGCGACAUCAGAUGUGCAUCGAUCUGAAGAAAAACUGUCUCCGCAUUGAAAACGAUGAGAUUCCUUUCUUACCAGAAAGCGAAAUCCCGAAGAUGAUGGAAGAUGUGUUGGAGAGUGAGCCCAAAAUUGAAGGCCCUGGUGGCAGCACAGUUGGCGCAAAGACCGGAACUGUCAUGCCAGGAGCAUCGGCGGGGUCAGCUCAACCAGGGUCAGGGACCGGUCAGGCAAGCGUCAGCACUGCGAAUCAACCGUCAUUAUCAGGCUCUCCCUCUACAGCUGUUUCAUCUCAACCUGAGCCAGGUUCCGGCAACUUUGGAGAAUCGCGACCAAUCACCGCAGAAUCAAUAGCACAGGUAACCGAGCUGGGAUUUACAAGAGAGGAGGCGAUCGCUGCGCUGAGACAGACAGGUGGUAAUGUCGAACUCGCCAUUGGAUUGUUGCUGUGA